GGAGCUCAACCGUUACACCUUAAAGUUAAGUCAGUGCACGCAUGUGUACAACGUUUUUUUGGGGGAAGAAACGGCGUGCAGCAACCAGACAUAGCAGUGGAAUUAUGGCACUGAAUGCAGAUGAUGACUUCGAGUGGACACCCCCUUCAGAAUCUGAGAUGAAGGUUAUUCAUGCUCAGCGGGAACGACAGGACAAGAUAAGCAAGCUCAUGGGUGCCUACCUCCUCAAAGGCUACAAGAUGUUAGGAGAAUGCUGUGAGCAAUGUGGGACGAUUCUCCUUCAGGACAAGCAGAAGAAGAACUACUGUGUUGCAUGUCAGGAGCUGGACUCUGAUGUAGACAAGGACAACCCAGCUCUGAAUGCCCAAGCUGCCCUGUCACAGGUCCGAGAGAGACAGCUGGCCUCUCAGCCUGUCCCUCAGGCUAAUGAAGCACCCUCCAGUGACGCCCCCCUCUCCAUCACUGGGCAGCCCAGACCAGAGCACUGUGAGGGGGCUGCGUCAGGACUGAGAGGACCUCUACCUCCACCAGCCAACCCCUCUCCUGCAUCCACCGUGACCCCCAGCUUCCUCCCUCCGUCCACCCCUUCCAUCCAGCCAGUCCAGGUGCCAGCCCCCCUAGUAGCCCCUGCACCUCACCCAGCCCUAUCCAGUGCUGAGGAAGUAGUGCUGCACAAGCUGCGGUGGGCCACACAGGAGCUCCAGCACUCAGCCUCAGUAGAGGCCAGUAUCCAGCUGUGCAGCUUGAUCCGCAGCUGUGCAGAUUCACUGCGCAGCCUGAAAGAGCUUCACCAAUCAUGAGACUGAACUGAUGGCAAUUCUAAAAAAUAAUAAAAUAAUAAAUAAAAACAGAAACAAGGCAUAAACACACACUCACUCACAUAAGCAACACCGGAAGUUAUAGCAGCUUGUUUCCCUUGCAAAGGUUUUUGUGACAAGUUGAAGCUGCUUCACCUCUGCCGGUAAAGGUUAUUGUAAUAAACUUGGACAACUGUCUGCAUAUGCAUACUUUGCAUUUUGAGGGCCUGACCUGUAGUUCUAUUUUGUUUAUACAUUGCUGUUACUUUUUAUUUGCAGUCUUCUCUGUGGAUGCAGGGUAACGUUUUGACGCAAACUUGCAUGAUGACAAUGGGCACCUCUGAGUGGUCGAAUAUCUUGAACUAAAUAUAGUUGAAUGGUGUUUGACUGGUUGGUAUUAAUGUAUGUCAAUUGUUUAUAAAAUCAGAAUUUAUCCACGUUAUUCAUAAUUUCUCUGGUUGUUACUUCAUUUUAAAACAAUUUUCCAUAUAAUGUAAUUGUGUAGAUACAGUAGCAAUUUAUACUAGAUGAAAUACUUUAUUCUGUAUUGUGAGAGUUUCCUUAAGUGUUGAAGCAGUUGGGAUGUUUUUGAUAGGGACAGUAUUUUUUAGUGUCAUAAUUAUAACUUUUAAGGGUCACUUAUGUAGUAGGCUAUUGGAGGAAUUUCAAUUUGUUUGUAUAAUUGGAAAAAUGGAAUGGAGUAGAAUUUGAGGUAAAGGAACUAUAAACAAUAUUUGAAUAUUCAGUAUUUAUGAAUAG